AGAUUUUCAUCCAAAAUUGGAUGAAAACUUUUAAUGGCAUUUUUUUUAAUCAUAUAUAUUUAUUCUUAUAUCCUUUCUUAAAUAAUUACUUUACGCCAGUUGAUAGGCAUAAUAUGUUUUAUAAAAAAAUAACAAUUAAAAAAACAUUCGGAAAUGUUCGGUCUUUUUUCAAAUUGAAAGUAGGAUUUACAAAUUACAAUAUCAACAUGGAUGUGUUGUUAGCUAUUCAGACAUGUAUCGAACGUUUUGCAUUUUUUCCUUUUAUGGAAUAAAAUCGUUUAUUUUCUAAACAAAUGAAACAUGUUGCUGGAAUUUCUUUUAAAGGUGUUCCGUCCAUUUUGUAAAUUGCAAUCACGUGCCGUUUCUAUCAUCACGUGAUAUUUGUGAAGGCAGUGAUUACUGUACUGCAAGGGAAGUAACACUGCGCGGAGUUUGGGAAAUCCCACUUGGAAACGAAAGUCGCUGUUUUUAAUGAAAAAUAUUCUUUUAGCGUAUUUGUAUCCGCUUUUUAUCAAGAUCAAUUGAUUUGAUGUCAUCUAAGCUUCAAACCGACUUAAUUCGGGCCACUUAAGUAGGAGGGAUGUCUCAGCCAAAUUUGAAUGCCCGGAGGGAGGUGAUCCCGACGUGGCGUGUCUAUCCACGGGCUCAUUACUACAGGAGGCGGCUUCUUGAUCUUUUCCCGAGGUUUAAAAGGGUAAUUGGAGCAUUCCCGAGCAGUUUUCACAACACAGGGAACCUACAGUAUUUGGAGAAGCUCACCACGAUCUAUGAUAUGACGCUUGAGAUUAAUGUUAUCGGAAAUGAACCUUUACUGUUAGACAACAUUCUCGUGGACCCCGUCCCGCUGAAAGAGGAAACAUUUGCAGUCAUAGAUCCAGCUGGAGUCAAAAUUAGCGUGUGUUUCAUUAAAUGGCCGAGCAUUGAUGAACACUUUGAAAAGAUUUUGAAUCAGGCCAUCGAUAGAUUGAAAACCACAAGGAAAUCUGGCAUAUGUGGCUCCUUUUUCUUUCUGAACGUAGAAAAUGAAGCCACAACGGAACAGCAGUUUUUGCUGAAAACCUUCAUUCUUGGCAAGAUUGAAGACAAAGAACACUGCCAUGUUGUGUUUGAUAACGACGGUGUCAAAGUUGCAGACGAAAUCUCGAAAUACUUGGAACAAGAUAUUUGCAUUGGUUUCCACAAAAUCUAUGACCACCUUAGAUGGUUCUAUCCCGCUGAUAAAAGAUCAUCUGGAUCUCCUUUAGCGGAUUUGGAGCAAUUUAUCAAAUGUCACCCAAUGCACAGUACGAUGUUCGGUUUUUUGCAAGACGCGCUUAAACACGACAGCGAUGACGUAGAAGAGAUGGAAACGGAAUCAGAGCUUGAACAGGCGCAAACAGAUAAAAGUAGCGUUUUGACCGAAAGUGCAAUGCAAAAGUUGGCAAGAAUGUACAAAUGCAAUGUCGUACAUAACUUCAUUCUUCAAAAGUACCCACUUUCCACUCAAGUUUGCAACUUGAUGCUGGAGGAAGCAGAGUUUGAGAAGCGCUUCAAGGAAAGUGUGUCCGAAAAUACCAAGAGCUUCAUGAUGAAGGCUGCAGAUCAGGUUCUCCAGGCAAAAGGUAAACCUUUAAUGCAUCGGACACUUCUAAAGAAGGGAAGCAAGAGAACUUUCAAAGAGAAAGAAAUUCGGUAUGAUUGGUUGGUUGACAAAGUAGUGGCGGACAUUUCGAAACUAGUGUUUGAUGUUGAAAAAAGCUUGGAGUCUGCGUUACGUUAUGUUGAGAUUGUGCGUAAAAUGGCGUACGAGGUCGAGGGUUAUCUUCAACAGGCGGACGAAAACUUUUAUCUAGCAUCCAAAGCCCCUGACGUAUCACAGGAGUUGAGAAAGGCUCUCCUAAAAUUAUCAAAUGUUUAUGCUGUUGGCACGAUGUAUGACGAGUUUGCCGUCUAUGUACGAAGCCAGGCACUCGAAAGCGGUGGAGAACCAAUGACUGAGGAUCGAUCGUAUUACAAUGCCAUUGAAAGGGAAAUCAGGUCCUUGAUAAAAGAACACAAUUAUGUACACUCGUACACUGUAAAGAUCGUCACAAAGGAGCUACAGUCUUUCGUUCUUGUCCAACACGAGCAUGGAAAAACAAUUCAUUCUCCAUGGCCUGACCAACAAGCCAGAUCAGAUUUAAGACAAGGAACGCUUGGUGGGUUUGCUGUGGACGAAGCCAACAAGCUGUAUGCCCUGACGUGCGCUCAUGUUGUGAACAAUCCAAACAACCCAAACUCCGUUUUUGUUCACGAAUCCGGUGCAAUUCUUCGCCUUCUGGGGGAAUGCGAUCCGCAGUUUUCUUUGCUAGACAACGAAAUGCGCAUUGACUUUGCAGCGGUAAAAGUGGAAGAAUCAAUCGAGCCAAAUUGUAUUCGGUUCCUUAAAGAUGAAGAUGGCAUGUACAGAGUUUGGAAAGUGUUUACGGGGUGUCCAGAAGACUUACGGCGUCAACAGGUGUACAAAUUUGGAGGCCGAACUCAGUUGACAUGUGGCCUAAUUGUAAGCGUCGACUGGGAACUAGCAUCUCCAAAUCUUCCUGGUCAACAGAAUCCAGUUGCUUCCUCGAUUGUUAUCGACACAAUGCCUGGUUCUGGGGAACAUGUUCGCUUUGCUGAAGAAGGUGACAGUGGUGCGGUCGCAUGUAUGAUGCAACUCCUCUCAAAUGCGAUGUAUCGGGAUAAUCGGCAGGCACGAGUUUCCGCCCUUUCAAUGAUACAUAAAGGAGGGAUGCAAAUCCAUGGUGUCAGUGCUGAACAGACUGCUUCGUUUGAUUUGCAAGCUGGUUUUGACAAUUUAAGAACCAGAGGCAUAGCUACCUUGAGUCCGCCAGUGUAAAUUCUCAUUAUGCAGCCAUAUUAACUGUUUCGAGAUAUUCAACUGACUUUAACAAACCUGUUUUUAAUUAUAUCAUUACAUUAUAUAUCCAAAGUAACAGAUGAAACACAUUCUGAAAUUGUGCUGAUACCCUCAGUGUUAAUAAUCAUGAUUUGCUGAUUGAUGUUAUACUGUAUUUAUUUGUUGUAACGGUUAGUGCGUGGACACCUGUCUUCAUGGACUCGUAGGCUUUACAAUCAAUUGAUUGAAUAUUAAUUAAUUCAUGUUUUAUUAUCAAUUAAAACAAUAUAUUACAACUUA